GUUUUCGAGUCCAGGUUGUUCCGUGCGGUGCAACGGACAGCUGGAGAUAUUUUAUAAUACGUAUAUUUUAUAAUUUUUUUUUAUAAUAUAUUAAAAUAGUGAUUUUCGAUCAUGGCUCAACAGGUUGCAGUGCCGCCCAAGGAGCGAUACAUUCCUAAUGGCCUUAAAUUUGCCUUUGGUGGACUAGCCGGAAUGGCCGCUACUUGUGUUGUGCAGCCAUUAGACUUAAUAAAAACUAGAAUGCAGUUGAGUGGUGGUGGUAAGACAUCGUUUGCUGUGGCCGGGGAGAUUGUUGCGAGGGAGGGCUUCUUUUCACUCUACACUGGACUCUCGGCAGGGCUUCUGAGACAGGCGACAUAUACAACCACACGCUUGGGGAUAUACAAUUGGUUGUUUGAUGCAUACAAAGAACGCAAUGAAGGAGCGGCCCCUGGUUUUGGUGUGAAGACGUUACUGGGAGUCGCCGCGGGAUCUGUCGGCGCGUUCGUCGGUACCCCCGCCGAGGUGGCGUUGAUAAGAAUGACAGCUGACGGCAGGUUGCCAAAAGAGCAGCGGAGGAAUUACAAGAAUGUACUGGAUGCACUCAUGAGGAUAGUCCGCGAGGAGGGCUUGCUCAAGCUGUGGCGAGGAGCUUCGCCCACCGUCUCCAGGGCUAUGGUGGUCAACGCGGCGCAGCUCAGCACGUACUCACAGGCUCGCGAGGUGUUCGUGGGUCGCGUGCCGGAAGGGAUUCUGCUUCACUUCUGCGCUUCCAUGGUGUCUGGCCUUGUCACCACCAUAGCCUCUAUGCCCGUCGACAUCAUCAAGACACGCAUCCAAAACGCGGCCAAGGGUGAAUCUCAGCUGGCUGUAGUGAGCAAUCUCCUGAGGAACGAGGGUGUGUUCUCCCUGUGGAAGGGGUUCCUGCCGUACUACGCCCGGCUGGGGCCGCAUACUGUGCUGACGUUCAUCUUCCUUGAACAAUUGAACGCUGCUUACUUCAAAUACACUUAGACUUACCAGAACCUCAACGGCCUCCACACUGAACGAUGUCUUCGGUGUCAGCUAGGAACUAUGUGAUAAUAAAAAAAUAUUAUAAGGAAUACCUGUACGUUACUACAUUAUGAAACAGAACUAAAGUUAACUUGUUGGUUAAUGAGGUUUGGUUAUGUCAGACUUAACCGCCACAGAGACAACCUCUUUGUCAAACGUAUGUAAUUUGAAAAAAAAAAAAACAAUUAUUAUCCUUCUGUUUGUAACAUGUCACGUCAUAGACAAUUUAUAUAGUUUCUAUGAAUAUAUCCUUUGAUGUAUUUAUAUUUAUAUAUUUUUUUCUAUAUGUAAUCGAUUAAUUUUUAAGUUUUAACAUACAAAAUAUCGGUUAAAUAAUUUAAUUAUUUUUUUAAUGUUUUUUUUUUGUUAUGGAAAAAUUAAAAAAGGUUCCAUUGAUAUCUAUAAAUCCUUGUUUAGGAUAAGUUGUAUUUUAAACGCGGGACAUGUAAUGUCCGCUAUAACAAUAUUGUGUUCAUAUUUGUUUACAUCUCAAAGAUUUUUCCGCUUUUCAAUGCUUUUUGUAUUAUUUUAUGUAUCUCAAUAGUGAGUGCCAAAUUUUGUUCCUUUGUUUGAGCGAAGUAGUUUUUUGGGCUUAACAGUGUCCAGUGUAAGCAGACAGUGAUACCCGAUCGUAUAUCUUUAUAUAUUUUUGUUACCCGAAACAUGAAGUAUAUUUUGUUUUUAUUAUUAUUAUUAUUAUUUUUUCAAUGAUUGAUUAUAAACGCACAAAUUAUUGAAUUACAGUGAGCGCGUUGGUUGGACUUGCAUUUUUUUUUUUUUAAUAUAAUUUGUUGUAAAGUUGUUUUUUUUUUUACUGACAGAAUGUAUAUUGUUGUUUCAGUGCGGAAACCGAUAUAAAAUGCUAUUUAUAUUUUUAUAGAAACAGUUUACGUGACUAACUUAGAUAAGCUAUUUGUUAAUAAAAUUAUUGUUGAAAUUU